AUUUGCUGAUUUUAUUCGAAGAGAUCUUAUGAGCUCCUAUUAGUUUCGAGCGACUAUUGGUUAAAGGUGAGUUCCGAUAAGUAGCUAAACAAUUGAUGUUGGAACUAUUGCUUGGAAAUUUUUCCUGAGUGAUCAUUAUUUAAUCCUACUUCAUUUGUAACAUCAAUUUUCCUAUUCCUUAAUAAAGCUGUUAGAUGGAGGCUGCGAUGGGUGGUUUUGCUAGUGACGUUUUCUUGGGCCAGGUGCAACAACCAGGCGCGUCCGGGUCCGACAUGAAAUCGAAUGUUGGCUCAUUUUUUCAAGACCUCAGCGCUGCUCCAGGGUUCGCCGUUGCUUCGCUCAGCGACCACAUUAGGCAGUUCUCGUCCAUGUCCAGUAUGAAGAGCACAGCUGUGUCCGUAGUUCCGCAAGCAGCAGUAUCAGGCGCAUCUUCAUCCGUUGGUGUGCCACAGCUUUUAGUCUCUGCAGCAGGCCCAAGUGGAGAGUUGGACCUUGCUACGCCAGCGGCGGUGGACGACACCAAGCCUCCAACAUCCCCGCCGCUAACCCCCGAAAGCAUUGCCGCAUACACGAAUUUAGCCCUAACGCUCGUUGGAGGGCUCAUAAUUGUGUCUUACCGUUUGUUGGCGCGAUUCUCGUCGAAGUACCGGAGUAAUAUUUUGUUGCUAACCAAAUGCUCCAUCGGCUGGGUCAUCGGAAAUAUAUUUCUACAUGGGAUAGGAGUGACCAACGAGCUGAUAAUGUUGGUUGGGAACAUUUGUUUCCUAGUCCUAGCCGGGGGCCCAGAUUGCGUCGCUAUCACCUUGACUUUCGCGUGGCUCUGUGGCAGGUUUCAAAUUCAAUAUUUUUACAGGUCCCAGAAUCUUUUCACACGGUCUUUUUUGAUAUUUUUGUACAAAACUUCAGAAACGACCUGGAAGCAAAUUUCAAUCCGCACCUGUUCUUCUACAUCGAAUCAGACAACUAGGAUGUCUUUUACUUAUAAUCCUCAGCCUAGCGAAGCAUUGUACCCACUCUUAAAAACGCAGCAUUAGCGCUCUGAUCUGUUUGCCGAAAUUAGCAGAGGAUCCUUCGUGGGAACGACAUUUGGCGACUACCGCAUUGGCCUCCGUUUUGACAUUGCUGUGCUUGGGCGUUCGCGUUGUCUUCCAGAACUGGGAAGUAGUCACCCUGCCUCCGCUCGCUGCGACAGCCUUGCUCGUUUGUUUCGGCAUGCCGAUCGUCGUUCUAGAUGGUAUCACUCGAAGAGGUUGGACUAGUCCUAGUGUCUGUCGUGAAAAGCAAGAUCCUUUGGAUUCGGGCCUCGUUUCUGCGUGACAUCGAUAAUACGAAGCGACAUAAUUUUUACGCAAAGUAGUAGAAUGAUCGACGUACGGGUACACAAAGGUUUUCCUAGAUAAUCGAUCCAAUCCCAACUAACUGAGGAGAUAUACUGCCGUACAACAUGUCGGCGUACGCUUCGCUACCUGAGAAGUCUUUGCGUCUUGCCUGGUGUGGCGUAUAUAUUGUGGGUGUUAUCAGCCAAGUAGUGUCGCAGAGCAGUUCUGGAAAGAGCGGCAAUCCGAUCGAUGUCGGAAAUCCAUAUGGUACUGUUUCUUUCAGGGGGUCUCCUGUAGUAUUAUUUUUUUUUUGUAGUCCGAGAACGCCGAAAGGGUGAUGCCACUGUUGUCCGGUGUACCUGCCGGCGACGGGUGGAGUACAUUAGCCUCCUUCUACUACCGCGCACUAAUUGCCUACGAACCCGUCGAUUUUAAAAUGGAGAAAAAACUAGGGGCAAAGGAGGUGAUUAAUUAAUUAGUAUAAACCUCCACCGGCUGCCAACCGUCCCACUCUUUUGCGCCGGCCUACAAGGCACGAGGGCAGGGCCGCCAGCCCUGCUUCUUAAUGUUUAUGGUAGCCGUGUGCCGAGCAUCUACGACGCCCCUAUGGCAGUCUGCACUGAACUUUGUGCGAGAUAUAUUGCAAAUUUCUUUGCAUUGUAUGCCUUGUCAUGUAGAGAACUGAAUGCUUUUGCUUCCCCAUGCGCGUCUCUACAAGGAGUUAAGCAAGCUAUAGUAUUAUAGUAUUCAGUUCGGACUUUUUCACAAGUGCUGUAGGUGGGCAGAACGACUUGAUGCGACGGCUCCUGGAAGAGCAAGGCAAUAACGUGAGCCGCAACGAGCUGUUCGAGAGUCGGUUUCCCAUUCUGCAAGGCAUGGGUGGCGGUCAGGAAAACCAGAGUGACCCUUUCCGACAGGCGAUCAACCAGGCACCGGAGCCGAGUGGCAGCGGGGGCAUUUUAGAACGCGCUCAGAGGACCGGAGAACCUCUGACCGAAAACGAAAUGAAAAUCCUCGAAAUUUGUCGUGAGGACGAAGAGCAACGCAACCGGCUGCUUUUCGGAGGAGGACUGUGGUAAAAAGCACUUCAUUUCUUUUCUGCUUCGCGGCGGGCUGAAAGCGAUGCCAUGCGUCGUAUUGGCUCUGAACAGAAAGCUUUUGCGCACAAUUGCGGCGCAUCAGUGGGGUGGGCACCAGCGCAUUGUAGUUGUAGCAGUGAAGGUUGCUGUUGCAACUCGUAUUUUCCAUCUUGGCGCAACAAAUAGAGCGUCUUGUGUAACGAUAAAAGCAGAAGGUUCGAACACUCACUGUGCGCUGGUAAUAUCUAACGAAAUAAGUACAGGUGCUUGUCCAUGGUCUGUUGAUGCAGGUGUGCCAUGUUUUCGAAGAGAUAGCGUCAGCGAUGGUUAGAGGAACCACCUGGCGAAAAUCACUGUUAGUUUUAGUACGACUGUGGUUUGUGUUCAACGAGGC